ACGUGACUCGGGCCCGGAAGCGGCCGCCGCAGACACCCGGGCCGAGGGGGACCCGAUGUCCAGCCGCUCCCGGGGCCGGCUGCGAGGUCGUCAUGGCCUGGACCAAGUACCAGCUGUUCCUGGCCGGGCUCAUGCUCGUCACCGGCUCCAUCAACACGCUGUCGGCUAAGUGGGCCGACAGAUUCAGCGUCAAAGGCUGCGGAGAGAGCCAGGAGCACCCGUUCAAUCACCCCUUCCUCCAGGCGGUGGGCAUGUUCCUAGGAGAGUUCUCCUGCCUGGCGGUCUUCUACAUCCUCCGGUGCAGAGCGGCGGCGUCCCCCGAUGGCGGCGUGGAAAACCAACAGCCCUUCAGCCCCCUCCUGUUCCUGCCCCCCGCCCUCUGCGACAUGACCGGGACCAGUAUCAUGUAUGUGGCCCUGACCAUGACCAGCGCCUCCAGCUUCCAGAUGCUGCGGGGGUCGGUGAUCAUCUUCACGGGCCUGUUCUCCGUGGGCUUCCUGGGGCGCAGGCUGGCGCCGAGCCAGUGGCUGGGCAUCCUCGCCACCAUCGCGGGGCUGGUGAUCGUGGGCCUGGCCGACCUCCUAAGCAAGCACGACGACCAGCACAAGCUCAGCGACGUGAUCACAGGGGACCUGCUGAUCAUCAUGGCCCAGGUCAUCAUCUCCAUCCAGAUGGUGCUAGAGGAGAAGUUCAUAUACAAGCACGACGUGCACCCGCUGCGGGCCGUCGGCUCUGAGGGCCUCUUCGGCUUUGUGAUCCUCUCGCUGCUGCUGGUGCCAAUGAACUACAUCCCCGCCGGCCCCCUGAGCAGCAGCCCCCGCGGGACGCUGGAGGACGUGCCCGAUGCCGUGUGCCAGGUGGGCCGGCAGCCGCUCAUCGCCCUGGCGCUGCUGGGCAACAUCAGCAGCAUCGCCUUCUUCAACUUCGCGGGCGUCAGCGUCACCAAGGAGCUCAGCGCCACCACGCGCAUGGUGCUGGACAGCCUGCGCACCGUGGCCAUCUGGGCCGUGAGCCUGGCGCUGGGCUGGGAGUCCUUCCAGGGGCUGCAGAUCCUCGGCUUCCUGGUGCUGCUGGCGGGCACCGCCCUCUACAACGGGCUGCACCGGCCGCUGCUCAACCGCCUAACCCGAGGCCGCACCCCCACUAGCGAGGACGAGCGCGAGAGACUGCUGGGAGCGUCCCGGACGCCCAUCAACGACGCCAGCUGAGCGCCCACCCGGCCUCGGCCGCCACCCCAAUGCUCCAUGUUCACGCUGAGGCCAGCACCUCCCGGGCGGGGAGCCUUAAGGGCCGUGUCCCCGCAGACCACCCCCCUGCCCACCCCACUGCCUCUGUAGCUGUCGUCACACAGGAUGACAGGUCAUGCAAGUCUCCUUAAUCACCCCCCAGCUGACCCCACAGGCCCCAGGGCACCCCGCCAGGCUUCCCUGUGCCCUCAGGCUCAGAUGGUGAGGUGACCUUGCAGGGUCUCCUCCUGAUCAGGGGAAGCGCAACUCAGGCGGACUGAAACCCAAGCCGAGGGCAGCAAUUCUUGGGCCCACGAGAUCCAGGCUGGCCUGCCCGCCGGCCCCGGGUUCAGAGGCUCUGUGCGACCCUGGCAACCCCUCCCCCACUUGGUGGCCACCCUACCCCCACUGGCUGGGCUCCUUCCAGAGGCUCCCAUGGGCUCUCUCUGGAGGGACGCCUCAGGGACAGAGUCACAGCCCAUCGGCUGGACACAUGCUCCCCUGUGCCUGCUCAGAGCUGCCUGUACUCACCCGCACCCGGCCUCUCUGCACUGGGGGAUCACAGGCGGCCCUCGGUAAGAGCUGCUCCGAGCACCUCACUGCCCCCUUGAGAGAUGGGAAGACCCAGAUCACGGGGCUCUCCUGCCGUGUGGUCCAGCCAUGCUGCCCCGUGGCCCCCAGCAGGCUGGCGUCAAAGGCACACCUGGACUUCAGCCCAACUCCACCUGGACACAAGACUCUUCCAGGGCAUAGGUUGGCGCAGUACCCCCGACCUCCAUCCUGAGUUUAUGUCCUCAUCACAGGGCACAAGUGGGGGCACAGAGGGAGCGGGAGGCCCAGGAAAGGUGCAGGACUCCUCUCGGAGCCCGUAUUCCAUUCUGGGCCCAGCCUCUCUGGUGGGGUCUUUGGGGAGACCCCAGGCCGAGGGAGAAGCAUGCUGUCCCCCCAUCCUAGAGUCAUCUUGAGGAAGCUCAGCAGCCUUUGGUCCUCCGUGUCUGGCAGUUUCUGGAGCUUGGGCCAUGUUCUUGCAACUCCAUCACAGCCAAGACCUUAACAUAGAUGCCCAGGUACAGGGUGGUCGGCGGACACGGCUGCACGGGAACCAGUGGCUUCUGCAGGCCGUGGGUGGGGCCGUGCCGAGUCCCGGGAGCCACAGCACAAGUGUGUGCCAUGUGCCAGGAACAGGUGGAGACCACAGCUGCCACAGCCGUAAUUGGGGAACCUGGAGGUGGGCUUGAAACUUUCUUAGUGUUUUUCUUUUGGGGUCACACCCAGUGGUGCUCCAGGAUUUAACUGGUGUCAACUGCUUGCAGAGCAGGGCCUGAACGCUUGUACUAUCUUGCAUUCUGCAGAUUACUCUUUUUUUUUUUUUAAGGGCAGGAUGUGGGUAAGGGGAGCGCUGCAAGGUGUGGCCCCAAAACUCCAGUUUUAGGGUAUUUUUUUCUUUUAAGAAUUGAAAAUGAGGGGCUGGAGUGAUAGCACAGCAGGUAGGGUGUUUGCCUUGCACGCAGCCGACCCAGGUUCGAAUCCCAGCAUCCCAUAUGGUCCCCUGAGCACCGCCAGUAGUAAUUCCUGAGUGAAGAGCCAGGAGUAACCCCUGUGCAUUGCCGGGUGUGACCCCAAAAAAAAAUAAAUAAAAAAUGAAAGGCCAGUGGGGGCUGGAGUGAUAGUACAGAGGGUAACACGGCCGACUUGGGUUUGAGCCCCAGCAUCCCGUAUGGUCCCCCCAUGCACUGCCAGGAGUAACUCCUGAGCAUUGCCAAGUGUGGCCCCAAAACCAACGGGGGUGGGGGAGGCCAGGCAGACAACCCCCAGGGUGCAGUACUCACCCUGGCUCCGAGUACGUGUGCCAGGCUCCGAGCUGGGUCCCAGCACUGCAGGGGUCACUGCAGGCUGCCAGAUAGGCCCUGGUGGCUCCCAGACAGCCCCGUACUGGGCCAGAGUGGCCCCUGAGCACUACUGGGGAGGUCUCCCCACUCGCCAAAAAAAAAAAAGGGAAACUGAAAAAAAGAGGGAAAUCAACUUAUGAACUUGGUUCUUUUAAGGAGCACAUAGCCGGCACGUGGCUGGGUCUGUGCAGUGUCGGGACGGACAGCCGGGGCCAGAGCACAGGUGCCACUGUGCCCCUCCACUGUGUGUGUGGAGUAGCAGCAGCCUGCAGAAAGGAUGGCCCUGCCGUGGUCACAGCCCCUGCACACGCGGCCUCUGCUCGCCGGCCCGUCUGCUGGCGGCACGUGACGGAAACCCUGCCUUUAUUUGAACUGUGUCAGGGGGACUGUUGUCUUUCACGUGAGGGGUUUGGGGUGGUAACGGGACUCUGGGGGGAGGGAUGCCCCGUCAGGCCUUCUCCAGGGCUGGCAACUUGCCUCACCGCCAGAACUUUGGGUCUCCUUGUCUCUUGAGCGGAAUGGCCAGCUGGGCAGGGGAAUCCCAAUAAAUUAAAGGUGCCGGUAA